CACCAAAGGGGGGGUCUUCCUUGAAGUGAACACAGGCAUUUGAUAAGUUGUGAAGCCACAGGGUGAGGAAACAGCCUACCCGUAAGAAAAUUUCAUUUUAAUAAUAAGGAUUUUAACACUUCCUUAAUUUGACUCGGUACAUGCUGCUUUUCAGCAAGUGUUAUGAGUUGUUAGUCGUGUUCGCUAAGCCGGGUUUCGGACCAGAAUUAGGGUUAGCGGGAGGAAAAUGCCAUCUUUUUCAUGGAGGCUCUGGCCCGGCCUGGCGCUGAUCCUCCUCCCGUCUACGCUGGCGACGGAUGGCGAGUCGCUGCGGCUUCACGACGUUUGGCUGUUCCGAUUCUUCCUCAACGUGCUUGGCUACGCCACCAUAAUCAUUCCUGGCUACUUCCUCAUUGGCUACUUCAAGAAGAUCAACUACCUCGAAACAGGUCGAGGCAUCUGCUAUCCUGUCAUAAAGGCCUGCGUGUUCGGAAGUGAAUCGAAGACGGGCCUCUUGGACGAUGCGUCGGUUGCUCCGAAAAACGACGCUGACUCCGGGUCAUCGGCCAGGCAAGCCUGCAAACUACUGUUCUGUGCUGCCGGACUUCAGGCUUCCUAUCUGACUUGGGGGGUCCUGCAGGAGAGGGUGAUGACGCGGUCGUACGGGGCCUCCACCCCUGAGGAGGAGGGCGAGCGUUUCAAAGACUCCCAGUUCCUGGUGUUCAUGAAUCGCAUCCUGGCCCUGACCGUCUCCGGCGUGUGGUGUCUCCUGUUCAAGCAGCCCCGACACGGCGCUCCCAUGUACAAGUACUCGUUCGCCUCUCUCUCCAACGUCCUCAGCAGCUGGUGCCAGUACGAGGCCCUGAAGUACAUCAGCUUCCCCACCCAGGUGCUGGCCAAGGCCUCCAAGGUCAUCCCCGUUAUGCUCAUGGGCAAGAUCGUGUCGCACAAGAGCUACGAGUACUGGGAGUACCUGACGGCGGCCCUCAUCUCCCUGGGCGUCAGCAUGUUCCUGUUGACCAGCACGGCCGGGAGACACCCGUCCACGGUCACCACGUUCAGUGGCGUGGUCAUCCUGGCCGGCUACGUCGUCUUCGACAGCUUCACGUCCAACUGGCAGGACAACCUGUUCAAGUACAAGAUGUCGUCCGUGCAGAUGAUGUUUGGCGUGAACCUCUUCUCCUGCCUCUUCACCGUGGGCUCUCUGCUGGAGCAGGGCGCCUUCUUCGACUCGCUGGCCUUCAUGACGCGCCACACGGAGUUCGCCUUCCACGCCGUGCUGCUGUCCGUGUGCUCGGCGUGCGGCCAGCUCUUCAUCUUCUACACCAUCGCUCAGUUCGGUGCCGCCGUCUUCACCAUCAUCAUGACACUGCGGCAGGCCAUCGCCAUCCUGCUCUCCUGCUUCCUGUACGGCCACGCCGUCACCAUGGUGGGGGGCUUUGGCGUGGGCGUGGUCUUCCUCGCCCUCUUCCUGCGUGUCUACGCCCGCAGCCGGAUGAAGGCGGGACGCAGGACGCCGCAGCCAACGGUGCAGAAGGUCUAGCGGGGGUGGGAAGUGGGAAAAUGAACUGCGAGCCGCAUUUUCAGUGGCGCGUCUUCUCGUCUGUCUGUCCUGUUUUGCGUUUUAUUUCGUGGGUUUCUACUUUGUAUAGGUAGAGUGCAGAAAGGGAUGUGAGUGACUUCAGGGGUGUUUGACACGAACCGAGGUGGGAGGGAUUUUACUAAACAAUUCGUCAGUUACGGGUGAUUUAAUGUCCCACCCCAAAAUUACACAGCCGCCCCAAAUGCAUGCGACAUUGGCAUGCGGGAACAUUAGCAGCAAUUUUCUGCCCUCGUUAUGUGCUUCUGGAGCCGCAGUCAGAGGGCAGCUGUCGGCCAUUAUUCUCUCCUCCAUAGAGCCCCCAGUCACUGGUGAGGCAACAUUGUGAACGUGUCCAUUUUGAGAGGCUGAAAAAGGCUCUAUAAAAUGUACUUUUGUACGGUGAGCAGGUCCGAAGGGAGGUCUUACGAAGGACUAUCUUGUGGAAGCUGUGUCCAUUGUCCUUUAAAUUUGUCUUUAAUAGCUGUCUUUCUGGACGGGGCCUCAGAAGAGUGAAGUGUGAUGGUUUUCACUGAAUUCUGCUUGAGAAUUCUUCAUUCUGUAUGUUAGUUUGGUGUUAAGACAGAGGUAUCGUUGGGGGCCUCAGUUUUGGGCUGUGUUUUGAUUUAAACCUGUAUGCUCCGACCUCAAAUUUAUGCUCUAAAAAUACAGUCGACGUGAAUGCUGAUACAUUCCAAAACACACAGAUCAGAACAACACCCCAAGGUCAAAACGCCGCCGCCGCCCCCCCCCCGAGAUGAUAAUAGCUAGUGGGUUAACAUUGUGUGUCUUGUGGCUUACAAGAAUUGUUAGUGAUUGUGACCCAACAGAAGAAAUACUCAUCCUGCAUCCACACAGCCUCAAAAGCAGAAACACAAUGGUCACCAUGCCUUUGUCAAAACAUUAAUGUGUGGUGGUUACUCAUUUUUCAUUGUAUAUUUUAUGUGCAAAUGUGAAUGGAAAAGUUUAUAUACACUCUAUAGUUAGGUCUACCCAUGCAAUUAAAUAAGUAUUUAAGAUGGCUAUCGUAUUUUUUUGAACUAACACAUCAACGGUAUGUGAUGCAAAAUAAGGUUUACUGUCAAAUGCCUGGAAUGGUUGUGACCACCCAAAAUGACGUUUGAUAUAUACAAAUUGCGGUACAGGUCAUGUGGUUAGUGUGCAGCCAGUAUCUGGUUGUUUGUUAGAACCCCAGAGGUGGGGAGUAAACAAAAUAGUUGUCUGUCGUUGAACAAGGCACCGCCCUUUACUGCUUUAGGUUCACUUUCAAUAAUGUUUGAUUUCUGGGCUGGACCCUGUUUUCUGAGGUCUCAGUGGGAGUGGAGAAAAACAAACAACACACUUCUAUUUUACAUAGUCACACUUGUAAAAGGUGACACUUUUACUUGUGUAAAACAAGACUAACGCAAGCACCCACUCUGUGACCUUUUGUCUUUGAGUUCACUUCCUGGCAAUUGAUUGAGCAAUCUUGAAAAAUUUAAACAUUCUUGUGACGAUUUGUUCUGCUGACUUUACUGGUGUAAGAAAUCGGCGGUUACGUAUAGUGGUCAGUUAAUGUAGAACGCCUGUCAUAUCGAGGGAGAAGUUAGCUCAAGUUUAUUGGAAAAUUGCAGCACAGAUGUCAUUCGGUAAAGUUCCAUUAUCUUCUCACUGUAAUGUUAGUUUCCAGCCAACCUAUGCAUUAAGGGCAUUUCUACAUUGCAAAGAUCAGGUUUCCAAGACAGUAACCCCCAUGCCAAAUGGUCAAUGUGAACAUUCCUGUGGUUAUCAGAGUGCAACUUAGAGAGAGAUAAUCUAAACAGAGAGGUUUCUGUUGUUCUCAUUAUCUAGGCACAUUCACUUCCCAUGAAACGUACAUUCACAUUGUAAUUGUUAAUGCUCCGAUUCUACACUGGUGAUAAUCCAUACAUCAUAUUUUGGAGUAGGACUAGGAGUGGCUUUGGUUUCACAUUAUACAUUUUAAGAUGUAUUCAAAUUAGGGAACUCAAAUGGUAAAAAAAGAAAGUCCAUAAAUCACAGUUUUAGUCAAAUUUGUCCCUACACAAAUUAUAUUCCUUUUAAAAAAACCUGGCCAUUUGUAAAACACAACAUUAUCUUGUUAAAUGUUUAACUGUAGACAACGCCAAAUUUUCUGUAACACUAACUAGGACCACACCGAUGUCAGGAGGAAAAAUAACACCACAUGAGAUUGUCAAACAUUGUUAUGAAAACACCAACCCUCUUUACUGUUCAGAUACCUUCUGUACACACAGACCUACAUGGGCCUGCACAGACACUUUCACACCCAUGUUGUUUUUCUCACAUACACGCAGAAUGAAAAUAAGCCUUGGUUUAUCCUUUUUUCUUUUUCCUGUGCCAUCCAAAUGUCUACAUAACCCUUUUUUACCCAGGUAUGUCUUAUGUUUACAUAAGCGUGGAACUUUGUUUUCGGUGUCUGUUGUCUUAAAGGGGAAAGACGUUCGGCACUCUCUUUAUCCGUCCUAGACAUGUCAAGCAAUGUGUUGUAGGCUUGGUCAUCAUGGGAUGUCAUUUUUGUGAUGGGUCAAAGGAUUUUUUUAUCACCUUCAACAUUGCCUGGGAGAGUAAACUGGGGGAGAAAGCAAUGCCAGCCUUUAAACAUUGUUGAGGGAUCUUUCUUCUUCAGUUAACUGGAACUUAUAUACCAAUGGUUCGAUUCCGACUUGACAAUUUUACUCAAAAUGUCGACAAGCUGGGGGUAAAAAAAAGUCACAGGAGCAUAAUCACAUGCAGUCGGUGUUCCUUGUAGCGGAGUCCUACAUUUUUCUAUGGGGGGGGGGUGGCCUAUUGGUGUCCGCUCUGUAAUACUAAUGUUUGAAUGGAUGGUGAUGAUGAUGAUGUCGGUGAUGGUUGCCCUCGUAAUGGAUUGGAUGGGCUGUGAUGUUUCUGGACAAGCACUCUGGAGGUCUGACAAGGACAAUGCAAUGUAUCUGCUACUUUCUGUUACUUCUCAUUAUAGUGUUUCAUCUAUUAGGCUGUAUUGACAAUAAAAACAUUUCAUUAAUUUAAA